AUGAUCUCCGACGGCGACCUCUACCGCCUGGCCAUCUUCCUGGGCUCCUGCGCCAUGAUGAUGAUUGUCCUCUAUCACUUCCUCGAUGUCAACGCCCGCGACGACGAGACCGCGGACGACACGAAAUCUACGAAGCAAUCCAGGACCACUGCCCAGCCCGCGACGUCAUAA